GACCACAAACAUUCUUCAUACUCUUUCUAGGAAAAAAAAAACAUCAUGAAAAUUGGGGUCUAGGGUUUGAUUCUGGUCAGCGGAAGCAAUUUUUUUCCGGUGAUGGCGUCGUCGCUACAGUUACCGGAACUUGCCUUUCUAUUUCCGGAACCAUCUCUGAAGAAGGACCGUUUUUGUCUCAAUAAAUUUCCCCUUUCCAGAAUUUCUCUCUCUAGAAAUCAUGUACGGCGGUACAGUUUCGCUACUCGGAUUCGAGCCGGUAAAGGGAGAGGAGUCGUAGUUGACGAGAGAGAAGCAGUGAUGGAGGAAGUUAAUGACAGUCUUAACUUGAAUGGAAAUGGUGCUUCUGUUAGUAGUGCUACUGCUUUGGAUGGUAAAUUUGACUAUAAUGGAUCACUGGAGUGCUACGAGAACGGCAGUGUUGGUGUGGUGGAGAAGGAGAGCAAUGGGAGCUUGGUUAAGUAUGUGGAUGGGAAUGGGGCGGUGGCGGAAGUGAUGGAAGAAGUGGAUUCGGAGGAAGUGAGGAAGAAGAGAAUAGAGGAUAUUGGGAAAGAAGAGGCCUGGUUUAAGCGAAGCACUCAAGAGCAGGUUUCUGUUUCUCCUGGGGGCCGCUGGAGUAGAUUUAAAACCUACUCAACAAUACAAAGGACCCUGGAAAUAUGGGGAUUUGUUCUAACAUUUGUAUUUAAGGCAUGGUUGAGCAAUCAGAAAUUUUCCUAUCGAGGAGGAAUGACAGAAGAAAAGAAAGUCUUGAGAAGAAAGGCCCUUGCCAAGUGGUUGAAGGAAAAUAUCUUGAGACUUGGUCCUACUUUCAUCAAAAUUGGCCAACAAUUCUCCACAAGGGUGGACAUUCUUGCUCAAGAAUAUGUUGAUCAGUUGUCAGAAUUACAGGAUCAAGUUCCACCUUUCCCAUCAGAGACAGCAGUAUCUAUUGUUGAAGAAGAGCUUGGAGCUCCCUUAGAUGAUAUUUUUGAUCAGUUUGACCGUGAACCAAUUGCUGCUGCUAGUCUAGGUCAAGUCCACCGGGCAAGAUUGAAGGGACAAGAAGUUGUUGUAAAAGUACAAAGGCCUGGUCUCAAGGGUCUUUUUGAUAUUGAUCUUAAAAACCUGAGGGUAAUAGCAGAAUAUCUUCAAAAGAUUGAUCCCAAGUCUGAUGGUGCAAAGAGGGACUGGGUUGCAAUUUAUGAUGAAUGUGCUAGUGUGUUGUAUCAGGAGAUUGAUUACACCAGGGAGGCUGCUAACGCCGAACUAUUUGCGAGCAACUUCAAAAGCAUGGAUUAUGUCAAAGUCCCAACAAUAUUCUGGGAUUACACUACACCACAAGUCCUGACAAUGGAGUAUGUCCCAGGGAUUAAAAUAAAUAAAAUUCAAGCUCUAGAUCAGUUGGGUGUUGAUCGCCAAAGGUUGGGUAGAUAUGCCGUUGAAUCUUACUUGGAACAAAUUCUCUCUCAUGGCUUUUUUCAUGCUGAUCCGCAUCCUGGAAAUAUUGCUGUUGAUGAUGUUAAUGGUGGGCGAUUGAUCUUCUAUGACUUUGGAAUGAUGGGAAGCAUAAGUUCAAACAUUAGAGAAGGUUUACUGGAAGCAUUCUAUGGAAUUUAUGAGAAGAAUCCAGAUAAGGUCCUUCAAGCAAUGAUUCAAAUGGGUGUUCUUGUCCCAACUGGGGAUAUGACAGCUGUUAGGCGAACAGCACAAUUCUUCCUUAACAGUUUUGAAGCGCGUCUUGCUGCACAGAGAAGGGAGAGAGAAACAGCAAGGACAGAACUUGGAUUUAAGAAGCCAUUGACCAAAGAGGAAAAGACACAAAAAAAGAAGCAGCGACUGGCUGCAAUUGGUGAAGAUUUAUUAGCCAUAGCAGCAGACCAGCCCUUUCGAUUCCCUGCCACAUUCACAUUUGUUGUUAGAGCUUUUUCAGUACUGGAUGGCAUAGGAAAGGGCCUGGACCCUCGGUUUGAUAUUACUGAGAUUGCAAAACCGUAUGCACUGGAACUAUUAAGGUUUCGUGAAGCUGGAGUUGAAGUUUUUUUGAAGGACCUCAGAAAGAGAUGGGACCGGCAGUCCCGUGCAUUCUACAACUUAUUUAGGCAGGCUGACAGAGUUGAGAAGCUUUCUGAAACCAUCCAAAGAUUGGAGCAAGGUGAUCUGAAACUUCGAGUGCGGACUUUGGAGUCUGAAAGGGCAUUCCAACGAGUUGCAGCUGUCCAGAAGACAGUGGGGAGUGCAGUAGCUGCUGGAAGCCUGAUCAACCUUGCAACAGUUUUGUAUCUGAACUCCAUUCGAGUUCCAGCUAUUGUGGCAUUUGUCAGCUGUGCAUUUUUUAGCCUUCAAGUUCUCUUUGGCCUUAUAAAGGUCAAAAAAUUUGAUGAACGGGAAAAAUUAAUUACAGGAACUGCUUAACCAGUGGGAAUACUAUUAGUGUUCCUCUGUAGGUCAUAAGAGAUUGGGAGAUUUCAGCUCAAAUGAAGCUCUUGGUGACAAGUUGAGCUUACAGCCUUGGCACUUCCUACUUGCAUUUGAAUUCUGGAUGUCGGCGGGUGGAUCUGAUCCCAUGUGCUCUUUCGAGCUGAGAGAGGGCUUAACGAUUUGUUGAUCUAGGCUCAUGAUUGCUUGGCCAAUAAAGCAUUGCGCUAACAUUGAAAAUAUUUCCUAGUUUCUAGAGUUAGUGUUCUUGUUCUUGGCUGGCUGAUCAGGGUCUUGGGUGCACCUCAUGUUUUAUAGCAGUAGAGUGAAGUCGCAGCAACUGCAGGUAUAUAUUAGCAUUCCAUGUUGCCUCUGAGACUGGCAUGUGUGUCUAUAAGCUGUGUAAUGCUGUAAUGUAACAUUAAGAAGUUUUCCAAUGAAAAAUUAGAGUGAUACGCACCCAUACUGAAAAUGAAUUAUUAUUCUUCUUUUUCAGAUAAAAUAGACAAAGCUCGAGACAAGAUCACGAUCCUAAGUUCCUAAUUGAUUGAUAUUCGUUAGUUAAAUUGACGUAGCAAACAAGGGAAGAUUCAAUCUGUCGGAAAUGACAACAAAUUUUUUUGAAAGAGGUUUGUAUAUCUUUGAGCUAUUAUUUUAUAUAAAAAAGGUGUUUUCCGUCCUAAUACAAUACAUACUGCACA